CCACCAUGAUGCCUUUCUCUUCUUUCACGAGUGUUGUGCGCACGAACACAAUAAGGAUUCACGCAAACUGCGUGCCAAAACCAUAUGCAAGGUGACAAGAAAGAGAAAGUUAACAGACAUCUUGUCGAAAACGUCUGAUCGCGAAGUUUGUAUGACAGCAUCAACUCGCCCGGCUAUCAACACUAUAUGCGCAAUAGCAUUCCUGCUGACCUGCCGUGCGGAUGCUGUGGUUUGAGCAGUAAACGUGAAACUAACGUUAUCCAACAUUUCAUCGAGCGAUGACAAACGCCGACAGGAAAUUUCUCCUUGGUCUUAUCUCGUAGAACAUCGUAGUGUGCCGCCUGAAACAAUAGUGGCGGAGCUCCUCAUAGCGGCAGCGUAGGGAGCCUGCUACACAUAUUAUAUGCGCUCAAGGGCGUACCCGCGGGCGUAUUGAGGCUUCCUGCGCCAGCGUAGUGAGACGCUUGGUAAUUUCCAGGGCGCUGUUCCUUUUGACCAGUAGCAGUUGACUUGUGAGCUGCGUGGCGCCUAUACGUAUCGCAACCGUGUGUAGUAAGAACAUCGUCCGAAGAGUUCAAGUAUUACGCUGAACUUUGCAUUCGCCGUAAAUGCCUUGUCUUUCAGGCGAAACUGCUGAGUGUGUUUUUUUUUUUUUUUUUUUGCGUACCUUUGCAAAUUUGCUUGUCGAGGCAGUGAGCACUUUCCACAGCGGUGGGUGAUGAUGAAGAUGAAAACAGUGAGCAGGUUCCAUAGCGGCGAGCUUUCCUUUUUGUCCGUCUCUGAUUUCACUAAAUAUAUACCUUGAAGAAUACUUUUUAUCCUUCUUCUGAUGCAUCAAUUACCACAUAAAUAUUAAUGAUUUGCUCCACGUUUCCUUUACCUUAUUUGCUCGAUUUCUGCUUUACCGGCGCAUUAUGGGCAUUUGGCGCAGCCUGUAAAUAUCGACAGGAGGAGGGAACAUUCAAUCAUGUCGAGGAGAAAGAGAAAGAAGUCGUUGAUGUUUUGAGCAACAAGAACAAGAUGGCCGACGCUCCCGAGGUGCCUGGCGGCGGCGCCCGCGCCCUUUUCGAGUCUUGCGUGAACUCCCGCCAGUGCCGCCGCAGCAACCCUCUGCUACGCUGCGUGGACUCCGUGUGCCUGUGUCCGAGGCCUCACGUGCUCACGCCGGACGCUCGAUGCUCAGCCCCGCCCCGAGGCGGCAGCGAAGCUCCCGGCCUGCUCACUGUACUGUUCGCCGCGGCACCGACCGCUGCGUUAGUGCUGACGCUGCUCGCGCUGGGUGCGCUGUACGGCUGCCACAGGUGGAAGCGGCGCUCCCAGCGGAGCUCCUCGUCAUCUACGCUGACCGGGGCCGCGGACACUCCCGGAGACCAGCAGUCGCCGCCGCAGCAGCCGUUCGUGCAUCCCGAGAGCCGCGUGAACCAGCGCUUCCUUCGCAGCUUCAUGGCGUGCCACGAGUACAACCGUGCUAGGAGGCUAGGCCUGCCCCUGCCCACCGAGGGCGAGCGGCGACCUCUCGCCACGACGAUGUGCCUCUUCCGCGAAUACACCACCGUGUCAUCGGUCACCACGUUGGCACCCGACGCAGCUGGGGAGCGCAGUGAACGGGGGGCCGCAGCGCAGCGAUUGUGGACGAGUGCCGGUCGCUCGGACGGCGACGCAGGGUCGCCGACGCGAUCGCGGCCACCGUGGUCGUACGAGGCAACGGCGGAUGACCACCCCGGCUGAAGGCAUGGUGGUGCUCGUUAUUAAAAUGCGAUAUUUAUUUC